AUGCGACCCAUUUACCUCCUCCCUCUCCUCCCACCCCUUCUCUCCGCCUCUCCCACUCCUGUAACCAAAUGGUUCAACCCCCUUGAGGUAACCAACAUCACCUGCAACGACCCCGCCGAUUUCGAAGGCCACGCCGACAUCUACGGGGACUUCCAAUAUAAAAAUGCGCUCUAUCUGUGUAAUUACGAGUGGCAUGGCCUCACCAUGGAUCCGUCGAGCAAACCUUUGUACCAGAGGGAGAGUCCGUAUGGCGUGAGCUACGACUACUCCAUCAGCUGGGUUGAAGGGUGCGAAACGACUGUGCCAUCUCAAGACGUUCAGGUUCCGCUUAAUGAUCAGGCGCCGGGGUGGUCUUGUCAUGCCAUAUUCUCGACGCUGUAUAAAGGGUGUAUCAAUGGUGGCAUAGGCGGCUAUCUCAUCGCUGGGUGCCUUCGGUAUCAAUUUGAUGGCGGAUUGGGGUAG